AUGACGUCGGAGUCGUUGGAACUGCCGAACAUAGACGUGUCAAAUAUACGCACAGACCGAGUAGCAUUGUCUAAAAGCUUGGUUGAUGCACUCGAGAACGUAGGAUUUCUGACGGUAGAUAACGUUAAAGGACUCGAUUUCGACAUUCUUCUCAAGGCUUGUAAGUGGUUUUUCAGUCGGCCAUAUGAAAAGAAGAAACUGUUACUGCGUAAGCAAUGGGCUCCAGAAAAUAGCAACAUGUUCCGUGGCUAUUUCCCUGUGAUCGAAGGAGAACCAAGCAGAAAAGAAGGAUUUGAAUUUGGACCUGUGUACCCGGAAUUUGACAGGAAAACGACACCUGCGCCAUGGAUUUACGAGGAGAACGUUUGGCCUGAAGAAGAUGGCACUUUGGAGUUCAAAGCCGAGCUGACGAAAGCAUUUGACAUUAUGCACAAUACCGCCAUGGAGAUCUUGCGAUUGACUGCACUUGGAAUAGGAAUUGACGAGAACGCAUUUAUUGGUCUAUUUGAUGACAAACCUUUAACUACGUUCCGCAUGAUUCACUACCCCACUUGGGAAAAAACACCCCCGGAAGUGUGUCUGCUGGACAACGGCAAAGUGAUCACAACACCGGAACACACAGACACGGGAUUCAUGACCUUGCUUGCGACCUUUGGUUAUAGCGGUUUGGAAGUUAUGACAACAGAUGGACAUUGGGUAGCAGUUGCUCCGCGCACCAAUAGCCUUGUCAUGAACAUUGGUGACGUAUUUUCACGCAUGCUUGGAGGUCGAUUCCGCGCAACGCGUCACAGAGUAGUAGACAUUGGUGAGGACAGAUUUUCCUUUCCAUUCUUUCUUGAGCCAUCCUUUAAUGCCGAUAUCGGUUUGAAUUUCUUGACAAAAUAUACCGGAAGUGGCCCCGAACACGUACCAGAAUUGUAUGGACCGUGGGUAUUUCACCAGUACAAAUAUGUUAAGAAGCAUUUCGAGUACAGGGUAUUACCGGAUGUUUAA